AUGUCAGAAGAAAAACUUGUAAGAAAAACUCUUAGGUUUCUACUUAGGAAAUUUGACAUGAAAGUAACAGCCAUUGAAGAAGUUCAUGAUAUCAGUACUAUGAGGGUUGAUGAACUUGUUGGCUCUCUUCAAAUUUUUGAAUUGGCUAAUAGGGACAAGUUUGAGAAAAAGAACAAGAGCAUAGCUUUUAUAUCCAAUGCUGAAGAUGAAAAAGGUCAAGCUAAUAUGGAUACUGAUGAAGGAUUGUCUAAUACCAUUGUGCUACUUGGAAAAAUCAAGGAGUCAUCUGCACAUGAUACUUCUGAAGCGAUGGAUGUUGAUAACCUUAAAACAAAUACUAGAAAUCCAAAAAAUCCUAACACGGCGAAAAAUAUUGAGACAUCUCAUAAGGACAUUGCAAGGGGUAAGAUUACUCUUGAUCAUGCACUAGAUGUUCUAACAUCUAAGAAAGAUACAGAGUUAAAUAUUCCUCAACCUGGGCUUGAAGUAGCUGCAGAAACUGGUGAAAAAGAAGAUGUUGAUCAAAACAUUGUCAACACUAAUGAGUGUAUAUCUGAUGAUGAAAUUAUUUUAAAAAAACUAUCUCCUGGCCUAGCCAAGAGAUUGAGAAAUAAGGAAGAUAAGGCUACUGAGAAUACUCUAUCAAAAAUCUCCAGAGAAGCACUGUUGUGGGACGAACUAAGGUUUGGAGCAAAGUUCUACAUCCUACAAAAGAACAAUGAAAAGUCUGUGAUAAAUAUGAGUCUUACAAAUAUUCUAGAUAUUCCUCUCGAUAAUGUGUCUUUUCAUCAUCCAAAAACUGCUAAAAAUGGAAGUAUAUCCAUCAUAAACUGCUAUGAAAAAUUGGUGAAAGAGUUUGUUGUUAACAUAACUCAAGAGUGUAGUGACAAGAAAAGCAAGGAGUUUAGGAAAGCUUUUGUGAGAGGUAAGUGUGUUGAAAUAUCUCCCCCUGUGAUGAACAAGUUUCUAGGGAGAAGUGAGGAAGAACAACCUGAGGUUGAGGUGUCUGAUAACACCAAUUGUAGAGAGAUCACUGAGAAGCAGGUUAAGGAGUGGCCUAGAAAAGAUAAAUUGUCUGCAAGCUAA